GUGGUGCGAGGAACUCAGGAAACUUGGGGCUGUGAGAACCAGGCAGCCAUUUUCUCCCCCUGGUUCGUGCAGGGUGUGCCGCCAGUAGACGGGAUCUUGUCCAAAGAGUGCUGCCCGGAGUUGGUCUCUCCGGACGGUCAGAACCUCGGCGUGUGCGGACAGACCGCCAGCCGGGGCUCCUGUCAGGACCUGACCGUCCCCGACAUCCCCCACAACCCGGAAUAUCCCUUCACCAACGUGGACGACCGAGAACGAUGGCCCAACAAGUUCUUCAACCGGACCUGUGUGUGCGAGGGCAACUUCUGGGGCUACAACUGCGGCGAGUGUCGGUACGGCUGGGCGGGAGAGAGUUGUGACCAGCCGGCCCCGCCAGUCUUACGGAAGAACAUUAAGAACUGUACGGUGGAGGAAAGACGGCGGUUCGUGGACGCCUUGGACCAGGCCAAGAGAACCGUCCAUCCUGACUACAUCAGAGGUAAGGAACACUGGCUCGGUUUGCUGGGACCAAACGGCACGGAGCCACAAGUGGCGAACGUGACGAUCUAUAACCUGUUUGUGUGGAUGCACUACUACGCCGUGAGGGACACACUCCUGGGACCCGGGCAGCCGUUUAAGGCCAUAGACUUCGCACAUGAAGGUCCGGCCUACAACACCUGGCACCGGAUGCACCUGCUGUGGCUGGAGCGGGAGAUGCAGAAGAUGUUGGGAGAUGAGACCUUCGCGCUGCACUACUGGGACUGGGCGGUAGGAGGUACGGAGUGUGACGUGUGCACAGACGACAUGAUGGGAGCCCGCCACCCCCUGAACCCGACCGCCCUGAGUACCGGCUCGCCCUUCUCCCGCUGGCAGUCCGUCUGUAUGAGUCUGGACGACUACAACCGGCUGGUGACGCUGUGUAACGGGACGGACGAGGGACCGAUCUUCCGGAACCCCGGCGGGAACGUGGACCGUCCGGCCGUCAGGGUACUGCCUCGACCCGAAGACGUCGGUCGCUGUCUCGACCUUCCUGAGUACGACCGCUUCAACUGGACCAGAAUCGCCGGGGGGAGUUUCAGGAACAGUCUGGAGGGGUACAGCAACCCACAGGGACAAUACCACCCCGACAUCCGCAGUCUGCACAACCUCGCACACCUGUUUCUCAACGGGACCGGGGGAAUCACCCAUGCGUCAGCUAACGACCCCAUCUUUGUGCUUCUUCACUCUUACAGCGACGCCAUCUUUGAUGCCUGGUUGCGUCUGCAGAACAGCUCGUCGCAGACCGGCUACCCGGAGGAGGGCGCCCCUAUCGACCACAACCUGAACAACACCAUGGUGCCCUUCAUGCCUGUGAUUCGCAACGCUGAUGUCUUCCAACUGUCUGAAGACUUGGGAUAUGCCUACGAUGUCUUACCUCAAAUGGUCCGAUCCAUGAGAGGUCAGGGGUUAGCUGAACCAUCAUGGCGUCUCCCGGUGGAAAUUCUCGGUCCCGCCGCCCGAACAAACGUCCUAACAGCCCUGCAGCCGCUACAGCCGGGGGGAAGAGACGCCGUCCGGGCACGCCGUCAGCAGCUGCUGCAUCUGCACCUGAAGCACCCGAGGCAGCUACAGUUAUUCAGAACCCAGCUGCAGCUACAGCAGCACCCGAAGCUACACCUGUGAAGCAAUUUGUUUUCAAAGACCAGAAUUUUGUGCAUUCUGGGAAGGGUGGCGUGUCAGCUGGAAAGAAGACGAAGACGUGGAAGAAUCUGAAACAGAUCCUCGCUAUGGAGAGGACUUUACCAUGGAAACCAGAGGACCCUACAUACAGCAGUUUGGAUGGACCUCCUUCCUUCAAACCA